GCCACCCGCAGGCUUGCGGGGAAACUUCCUUAUUAUUGUGACGCCGAAAACGGAGAAACCCAGAGUCCGGCCAGAGGGGCUGUUACAGUCGGAAUCCCGAGGGGCAGUUCGGCGCCCAGCAAGAUCUGUAGGGUGAGGGGUAACCAUUCUGGCUCCUAGUCCAAAUGCCAAGUGUAUGAUCUGUGGCUACAUGACUCCCUGAAGAAUAAGAACAAUGUUAUGUUGGGGAUAUUGGUCUCUGGGCCAGCCUGGAAUCAGCACUAACCUACAAGGGAUUGUGGCUGAGCCACAGGUGUAUGGAUUUAUAUCAGACAGAAGUGUCAAGGAAGUCGCCUGUGGAGGAAACCACUCAGUGUUCCUGCUGGAGGAUGGGGAGGUUUACACCUGUGGAUUGAAUACCAAGGGGCAGCUGGGCCACGAGAGGGAAGGAAACAAGCCAGAACAAAUUGGAGCAUUGGCAGAUCAGCACAUUGUCCAUGUGGCAUGUGGCGAGUCCCACAGCCUGGCCCUCAGUGACCGGGGCCAGCUGUUUUCUUGGGGUGCAGGGAGUGAUGGUCAACUGGGACUCAUGACUACUGAGGAUUCAGUGACAGUGCCCAGGUUAAUACAAAAGCUGAACCAGCAGACAAUAUUACAAGUUUCCUGUGGCAACUGGCAUUGCUUGGCUCUUGCAGCUGAUGGUCAGUUCUUCACCUGGGGAAAGAACAGUCAUGGGCAGCUGGGCCUGGGGAAGGAGUUUCCCUCCCAAGCCAGCCCGCAGAGGGUGAGGUCCCUGGAGGGGAUCCCACUGGCUCAGGUGGCUGCAGGAGGGGCCCACAGCUUUGCCCUGUCUCUCUCAGGAGCCGUUUUUGGCUGGGGGAUGAAUAAUGCAGGGCAGCUAGGCCUCAGUGAUGAAGAAGAUCGAGAGUCUCCUUGCCAUGUGAAACUCUUACGAAUGCAGAAGGUUGUCUAUAUUAGUUGUGGAGAAGAGCACACAGCAGUCCUCACAAAAAGUGGAGGUGUGUUUACCUUUGGUGCUGGUUCCUGCGGGCAACUUGGACAUGAUUCCAUGAACGAUGAAGUUAAUCCAAGAAGAGUUCUAGAGCUGAUGGGCAGUGAAGUAACUCAGAUUGCUUGUGGCAGACAACACACCCUCGCCUUCGUGCCUUCUUCUGGCCUCAUCUAUGCAUUUGGUUGUGGAGCAAGAGGUCAAUUAGGCACUGGACACACUUGUAACGUCAAGUGCCCAUCUCCUGUGAAAGGCUACUGGGCUGCCCACAGUGGCCAGCUUUCAGCCAGAGCUGAUCGCUUUAAAUAUCAUAUUGUUAAGCAGAUCUUCUCUGGAGGAGACCAAACUUUUGUACUUUGCUCCAAAUAUGAGAAUUCCUCUCCUGCUGUUGACUUCAGGACUGUGAACCAAGCACAUUAUACCAGUUUAAUAAAUGAUGAAACCAUAGCAGUUUGGAGACAAAAACUCUCAGAACACAACAAUGCAAAUACAAUCAAUGGUGUCAUUCAGAUAUUAUCUUCUGCAGCCUGUUGGAAUGGAAGUUUUCUCGAAAAAAAAAUUGAUGAACAUUUUAAAACAAGUCCCAAAAUCCCUGGGAUUGACCUGAAUUCAACUAGAGUGUUAUUUGAGAAGUUAAUGAACUCUCAGCAUUCCGUGAUUCUAGAACAGAUCUUAAACAGCUUUGAAAGUUGCCUGAUUCCUCAGUUGUCAAGUUCACCACCAGAUGUUGAAGCUAUGCGAAUUUAUUUAAUACUACCCGAGUUUCCCCUACUCCAGGAUUCCAAGUAUUAUAUAACGUUGACUAUUCCCCUGGCUAUGGCCAUCCUUCGGCUGGAUACAAACCCUAGCAAAGUAUUAGAUAACUGGUGGUCUCAGGUAUGCCCGAAAUAUUUCAUGAAGCUGGUAAACCUCUAUAAAGGUGCAGUUGUUUAUCUACUGAGAGGAAGAAAGACAUUCUUAAUACCUGUACUGUUUAACAAUUAUAUUACAGCAGCUCUCAAGCUCUUGGAGAAGUUAUAUAAGGUAAAUCUUAAAGUGAAGCAUGUGGAAUAUGAUACAUUUUACAUUCCUGAGAUUUCUGGUCUUGUGGACAUUCAGGAAGACUACCUCAUGUGGUUCUUGCAUCAGGCAGGCAUGGAUGCUGUAACACUUUGUUCCUAUCCUUUCAUCUUUGAUGCCCAAGCCAAGACCAAAAUGUUACAGACGGAUGCUGAACUACAGAUGCAGGUAGCAGUCAACGGAGCCAACCUGCAGAAUGUCUUCAUGCUGCUCACCUUGGAGCCUCUGCUGGCCAGAAGCCCCUUCCUGGUCCUUCACGUUCGCAGGAACAACCUCGUUGGAGAUGCCCUAAGAGAGCUGAGCAUUCAUUCUGAUAUUGAUCUAAAAAAGCCUCUCAAAGUAAUCUUUGACGGUGAAGAAGCAGUGGAUGCUGGUGGUGUCACAAAGGAGUUCUUUCUUUUACUGUUAAAAGAACUUUUGAAUCCCAUCUAUGGAAUGUUUACCUACUAUCAGGAUUCACAUCUCCUGUGGUUUUCAGAUACAUGUUUUGUAGAGCACAACUGGUUUCACCUGAUUGGCAUAACCUGUGGACUAGCCAUCUACAACUCCACCGUGGUCGAUCUCCACUUCCCACUGGCGCUCUACAAGAAGUUACUGAACGUACAGCCUGGCUUAGAAGACUUGAAGGAACUGUCACCCACUGAAGGAAGGAGUCUUCAAGAACUUUUAGAUUAUCCUGGGGAAGAUAUUGAGGAGACUUUCUGCCUCAACUUUACGAUUUGUCGAGAAAGCUAUGGAGUGAUUGAACAGAAGAAGCUGAUACCUGAGGGAGACAAAGUAACUGUGGGCAGGGAUAACAGGCAGGAAUUUGUGGAUGCUUACGUGAACUAUAUCUUCCAAAUCUCAGUUCACGAGUGGUACACGGCUUUCUCCAGUGGCUUCCUAAAGGUGUGUGGUGGCAAAGUGCUUGAGCUCUUCCAGCCGUCAGAACUGAGGGCCAUGAUGGUGGGGAACAGCAACUACAACUGGGAGGAACUAGAAGAGACGGCCAUCUACAAGGGGGAUUACUCAGCCACACAUCCCACUGUGAAACUAUUUUGGGAAACAUUUCAUGAGUUUCCACUGGAAAAGAAGAAGAAGUUUCUCUUGUUCCUCACAGGCAGCGAUCGGAUCCCCAUCUACGGCAUGGCGAGCCUGCAGAUCAUCAUUCAGUCCACAGCCAGCGGGGAGGAGUACUUGCCCGUGGCCCACACUUGCUACAACCUUCUUGACCUUCCCAAGUACAGCAGCAAAGAGAUCCUGAGCGCGCGGCUGACCCAGGCCCUGGACAACUAUGAGGGGUUUAGUUUGGCCUGAGCCCUCCCAGCGUGCCCCCGAGUCCCCUUCCCCCCUCAGUGUGCACAUUGAGGCCUAUACAGAAAAUCACGGGGAGUGAGUUCUAUUUUUUUACUAUAUAAGUGGGUUGGGACUUUUGAAUCCUGAACCUGGUAGAUUUGUUUCUGGGGUUGUACGCAGUAAGCAACCUUUGUGAAAAAUUAGGGGAUGGGUGAAAAAUUGGCUCUUAGAUGAGAGAGGUUUUUGUUUUUAAACCAAAUUACCAAGUGCCCCUUGCACUUGUGACUCCGUUGCACUCUGCUGGAUAAAAUGGCAGUGGGUUCUUAACCUCCCAUUGCCCAGAUGUCUCUCUCAGCCCUGAUCUCUCCUCACAUCGCUUCCCUGUCCUCCUCCUGCCUUCUCAUUCCUCUGCGAGAAUGGCUCGGACUCACCUGUCCCUUCCUCCUGCACGUGCCGCCAACUCCCUCUCGCUGCGGAAGGGCCCGCCGGCCCCGCCCCGCCCUGAGGACCGAGGAGGAAAGGAUGACUUCGGAAAUUCCAACAAACUGAAGCCGGGUCCAUUACUUUGGCUGAGCUCCUGAGAAUGUACGGGGGCCUUCAUGAACACAUCUUGCUUUACAAAAACAAACUCAACGUUCUUGAGGGACUAGCAGUCUCCCCACGGCUCUGCCUGUUCCUGGACCCCCUGAAGACGCGCAGAGCCCUCAGAGUGGCCGCUGAGCCUGUUUCUGUCUUGUUGCUCAGCCAAGUUCCUGUGACAGUAAGGUCACAGGCCCCAGCCCCUUCCCUCAUUUCACUUUUGGAGCAAGUUGCAUCCAUUUUUGUUGAGUGUCUUCUCCAGGAAAAGUAGAAAUAAUGAAUGUCUUGUUCUGUCCUCUACCGCUUUCUCUUUCCUCCCUCCCGUCUUCUUCCUUGUCCUGCCUUCUCCUUCCCCUACUGUACUUUUCUGUCGCUCCAGAAAAGUGACAUUCUCUGUUACCUGACUUUCUGCUCCCUUCCUCCCCUUCUAGUGGAUGCAUGCAGUCUGUUUUUAAAUUUUUAUUUCUAUUUAAAUCGCAGUUUCUACUCAGAUUUUUUUUCUUUUCCCUAAUUGCUAGACCUAAGGAUAUUCUUUAUUAUGGAACUUUUGUUUAUUGCAUUUGAAAUGUUUGUUUACAGUGGGAUUUCAGGGGGGAUUGUGUAUAAAGCAAAUAUAUGUAUCUCAAAAAUAAUGACAUGUUCAACCUUCUUCAGCGUGGGAUAAGAAAAGUCUAUAUGAUCAAAGAAUCCAUGUCGACCUAAUUUUAAAUUCCUAGUCACUAGAGAAAGACUUAUUUAUAUAAAAUGAAGUAUUUAUGAACCUUGAUAUUAUAGCAUCAAAUCUCAAUGAAGGAUUGUAGAUUUUUGAUUUUGUUUUUAAAACUUAUUCCAAUUGCUAAAUUGGUAGUUUUUCAGUCUUUAUAAUACAAGAUUAAAAAGAAGAUAUACAGUUAUACGAAAUGUUUAUUUUCUAUGUGUGUGCAUAUAGUUCAAUAUUAUGCAAUAAAUUUGGUGUUUUAAUUUAAAA